UUCCUAAAAUUUGUAGUUCCAGAUGAAGGGUGUCAUACUUGCACUUGCCUUAAUAGCGGCAACGGUUUGCGCUCAUCGCGGUUAUGGUGGACAAGGAGGCUUAGGAUUCCCAAACGGGGGAUUUCCCAGAUUCCCUGGUGCACCUCAAGGACCAAAUCUCCCGAACGGUCCUGGACCAGAAGAUAGAGGUCAUGGAUUUCCUCUACCCCCCUACCUCCAAGGUUUGGACGAAACCGCACGAAAAGAGUACCUUGAGAUUGUGAAGGACCGUCAGCUAACUUUCACGCAGCAAAAACAAAAAGUCAAAGAGUGGGGUCAAAAAUUCGGUGUCGAAGCACAAGUCGUCGAAUUUGAUAAUAAAAUGAAGGCAUUGAAAACAGAGCUUGACCAGAAUGUCACUGACCUAAUCAAAAAGCUGCCAAAAGCUUUCCAAAAGAUUUCUAGUCUUGUCAAAAACGAGGAACAAACUCCUAUGCAAUUAGCUCAGGCCAUCAAAGAUCUCACCAAGGAGGAUCCAAUGGUUUACCACGUACUGAAAUUCGCUUUUGAUCAGUUCAUGGGAAGAAAGCUUGGAUUUGGUAGCCACAAAGGACCAAAAGGACCGGAAGGCUUUAAAGGACCGAAAGGACAAAGUGGACCAUGGGAACCGAGGAGACCAGGUGGCCCUGGAGGUUUUGAGGGACCAGGUUUUGGAGGACCAGGAGGCUUUGAGAGACCAGGUUUUGGAGGACCAGGAGGUUUUGAAAGACCAGGUUUCGGAGGACAAGGAGGUUUUGCGGGACGCAAAGGAUGGCUUUUUUGAUUGACUUCGCUCAAAUAAUAAACUGACUAACCUUA